CAUAGUGGCCGGCCGGUUUUCUCUCUCUCUCAGCUUCACUGCUUACCUCACCCAUCCGUCUUUUUUUAUAUAAGUUCUCCAUUCUUCGCUAUUCUCCUCAACAUCUCUCUUUCCCUCUCUCUCUCUCUCCAACUAGCAUUGUUUCUUCUUCGUUAUUUAUCCUCAACUUCAUUAACAUAUACAAAAAUGACAGGUUACGGCUCUUCAAGGUCGUUCCUCGGAUUUUUUGCCCUCUUCACUCUUAUUUUCCUUAUUUUCUCCCCCUCUGUUCGUGCACAGGCUCCUGCUCCUGCUCCCACCAGCGAUGGGACUUCUGUAGAUCAAGGAAUCGCCUACGCGUUGAUGCUUGUUGCGUUGGUUCUCACAUACCUUAUCCACCCACUGGACGCCUCCUCCUACAAUUUCUUUUGAAUUUGUUAUCUUGGAGCUUAGAGAAAUGAUUUUUUAUUUAUCUACCAGCAUUGUAUUUAAUCAAGGGGAUAAGUUUGCAUUUGUUUUACAAGAAUUUAAUUUAAUUUCGUGAAUGAUUACUUAGUAUAUUUGUUCUC